AUGACUGAGAAGCAGAACCAUGGGGACGCUGGGAACGAAAAAUCCCUGGCAGGGGAAGUGGUGCUUGUGUUUCAAGAGGAGAGGGUCAGUGUGGUGCCUACUCAGUUCUUGGAUCGCAGCAAAUAUCCUAUCAUCAUGGGUGUCUGUGAUAGGAAGUGCUGUCUAUCCCGCAGCUCAGUGGCCCAGUCUGUGCUGUACCUGGAGACAGGGUUGGCUCCAGAGGACAGGCUCAUCAUGGACAUGUAUAAACACACCGAGGAAUCGAAGCACUGCACGUUCAACAACACUCUCACAGGCAGCACCCACCGCUUCGAGUCGGCCACCUACCUGGGGUGGUUCCGCUGCACCUCCCAGAAGAGUGACGAGCCCCUCGGCACCACCAGCUGCACAGGAGAGUCAGAGAUCAUUGAGUUUUACUUUUAA